GUAGGAUUUUCCACAUACUUUGAGAAACAAAAUGGAUGUUACAAUAUGUCCUAUUUGCAUGGAAACAUUACAAAAUCCAAGGUGUAUUCCGUGUUCACAUAACUUUUGUCAACAGUGUUUGAAUAAUCAUAUUAACAAUUCGUGUAUAGGAAAGGAUUUUCCGACGGGUUUUCAUUGUCCUGUUUGUCGAAAAUAUGUUCCAGGUUCAAUUUCCACUGACAAUCCUUCACUGUGGGCAGAAACCUUUCCCAAAAAUGCGAUUAUCGAAUUUAUGAUUAAAAGUAAUGACGAAAAAGUUCUUAAGCUUUGCAAACCAUGUCUUAAUGACAACAAAGAGGAAUCGGCCAGUACCCUGUGUGGUUCAUGUAUUGAAUGUUUAUGUGCGGGGUGUACUGAUCAUCACAAGAAGCUGACAAUUACUAAAGAACAUGAAGUGGUACCUUUGAAUGUAAUUAACAAGUCUUUUCAUCGUAAAACAGAAGAAAAUUUUUGCAGUAAACAUGAUUUUAGGCAUAUAGAAUUGUAUUGCUUUGAUCAUGACAAGCCUUGUUGUUCUGUAUGCUGUGUAACAGACCACAAAACCUGCAAAAUGGACACAAUUGAAAAGGCUUUUGAACAUAUUGAAAAGGACAACGACAGUCUACAAAUGAUUUCUGAAAUUGAUCGUGUUGUUAGUCAUUUAAAGAAAUUAAAGGAGAUACAGAAGGAAAAGCAAUCAAAAAUAGAAGAUAAGGCCGAUGAAAUAAGAGAUGAGUCCAAAAGAAUAAGACAAGAAAUCAAUGAAACAAUGGAAAAACUUGAGCAUGAGCUUCUUGAAGAUCUUGCAGAAGGUAUGAAAGCUACUCGAAAAGCAAUAGCUGGAAACAUGGAAACCUUCUCUGACCUAAUCGACCUGUCCAAUCACUGCAAAGCUUUCCUGGCUAAUCCAAGCAAAAAGUCUUGUAACCCUGGUUAUGUCGGAGGAUUUUACCAAAUUAAAAAGCAAUUGAAACGUUUAAAAAGUGCAAAGUUAUCCAUAAAGGACACUGCAAUAACUGCUACCUUUUCCAGUGUUUUAAAUGAAGUCAAAAGUAGUAAGCAAUUAGCAUCUUUAACUGUGAAUGAAAAGCCAAUAUCUCUGAGUAUUCUAGAGUUUCAAUCCAUUCCAAAGGGAAUAGCACAAGUAGAGAAGACAGUACUGGACAUUUACCAUAAAUAUGGUGCAAGGAUUAAUGAAAUGUUUCUCUUCCAAAAUGAUGCAGAUCUGUUUGUUUGUGUUGACGAUAAAACCAAUUUAGUUUGCACUACAUCUGGAUUAUGUCGUAAAAGCGUACAUUUUGGAUUUACUAUUCUUCAUGCUGUUAUGAUGAGGGGAAAAAUAUAUGCGGUUAGCAACAGGAAAAACUUGCACGCUAUUGAAUAUCUUGAAAACAGUGCCACAUAUUCGCGUAUAAAAUUUAACAUUAACAGGCGGUGUUUUUCAGUAUCUGUUUUUCAAGAAAAUUUGGUUGUAGGUUGCAAUAAUGCUAUUCUCCACUUAGAAACAAAUGGAAAAGAACAAAAAAUUAUACCUGCAGAAGGCAGAGUUCUUGAUGUUAUUUCUUUGAACAUUGGAAACAUAGUGUACAUCGGUCGUACAGUGACUGGUAUGCGAAUUGUCAGAGGAAUUGAGAGCAAUGGGCGAGAGCUGUGGAAAUAUGAACAUUCUGAGUUAAAAAGACCCUGGGGAUUGACAAAGGACUUUGUGGAAAAUAUAUAUAUCGCCGGAAAUUUUAGCAACAACAUACACAUGCUUAGCAGCGCAGGAUAUGCUCUGAAAAUAUUCGAACAAAUUCCACUUCCGAGUAGAAUGAUACUAAGGAAAGAAAGUAACGACGAAUUUUAUGUAGUGUCUGCUUCAACAUCAGUCAAACAAGUGAAAUUAAUAUUGUGAAUGGAUCUCCUGAGGCUGUAUCACAAUGAUUUUUCAUGCAUGUUGGUCCAGGGUUUUAAGGAAACAAUCUACUGAUUCAAAACGAUAGGUAGAUAGAUAAAUAGAUAGAUUGAUUGAUUGAUUGAUUGAUAGAUAGAUAGAUAGAUGAUAGAGUAUUUCAGAUUUGAUCACGUACCAACCAAAAUCCUAUCCGCCUGAGCUAUUUAACAUUGUUGAUUGUUUUACUUUUAUUUUAAAAGCGGUCAGAGUAAUGAACAUUACAUUGUUUUAUUUAUAGUAGUGGAAUUGUUGAACCACAAUCUCGUCCGUUUAUCAUUGUGAUGUCAAAAAAUAACCUAUGGACCAGUUCAAAAAGAAAUGAGCGGUUCUGUUCUUCUAUAGACUGAUAUAAGAACAUAUUUUGCAUAUACAUGUAUGAUAGAAAUAAAACCAAUCAGAAAAAGAGUUCCUCUCUUACCUUAACCAUAAUUUACUCCGUGCCAGCAGGCUCAUAAGGCAAACAUAUCGUUCAUUCAUUGGUGCCGGUCUGAGGCUUUAUGGCGUGCUGCAUUCCAGGAAAUUCCAGCCUGAAUUGUUGCGUUUAACCUCCACAACCCGUCGCAAUAUUGUUUUGGACGACCCUUCUUCAUUCUUCCUUCAGGCGUUCACCCGAGGGCAACAUCACUUUCGUCAUUCGUUAGGUCCUAUCUCAGCAUGUGGAAAAAGAUUUUAAUGUAGAUAAAGGAGUAAACGAGACCAAAAAAAAAAAGAUAUGACAAAUCAGUUAAACGUUGGAUUUAAUUGAGAAUAGGAUAAUUAAGGAUUUUGCAAAAAACUUUAAAAUUGUCUUGAUAAACUAUGACAGAAAACACAGAAACCUUUUCCGAUCUGGUUCACCAGCCAUAUAACGGUUACGUAUUUGUUGCUUAUCUGAACAUAAUAUAAGUCUAAUUCUAUUUUUGUUGGAGGAUUUUAUCAAAUAAUGGAGCAAAUUAAACUUUCAAAAAAACAAAAGUAUAGCUAUAAGAUGCAGAAAUAUUUGCAUUUUUACAGUCCUGAGCUGUGAGCAUCAACUCUUGAACUGAAAAAGAAAAGCCGAUUUCCAAGAUUUUACCAGAUGUCAAUCCAUUUGAAAUGAACAUUUGCAAAGAAGGUGUUGCAAAACAGUGGGACUAUUCCCUAACCUGGAAAGGACCUUAAAUAUCCGUAUCGCUUGAGAGCCACAUCUAAAUAUAGAAACAUUACGUAGACGACUAUAUAUACAUAGCGGGUAUGUUCCGUACGGAGGCAAAAUAAAGAAAUAUUUAUUUUAGGCGCAUUUCUAUCGAACACGACAGCCACCAAGUACAGUUAGAAAGUUACCAUAUACAUGUUUUCUGUAUUCGAAUGUUAACAUAUCUCAGUUUUAUAUCUACUG